AUGGCACAAUCGGGCCCUAAUGGACUGUUUGCGAUGGCGGAACUCAACUAUCAAGGGGUAUUUACUCGUAACCCUUUCUCCUACACUGGUGGUGUCAAAACCAUGUUUAAUGAUGUUGAUUUUUCUUCAAUGACAUUUUCUGAGUGUGUCACUUUCUUCAAAUGUUUCAUGCAUGAGCAGUGUAAAAAGAUGUACUACUGUGAAUCAGGCCUUUCCCUGAUGGAUGGACUUAAUCCCAUUUCAGAUGAUGUGGAAUACGUUACUUUUAUAUUUGAUGCUUAUGGAACAGAUGGUAUAAUUUCUAUUUUUAUCAAUCAUGUUGGGAUUUGGAAUAGAUGGAUGGUUUGA